GCUGGGCGCCGCCGUCUGUCCGGCGGCGGGCGCGCCCCUCUAGGCGGGUGGGAGGGGCAGGGCGACAGCAGUGAGCGCGGGAGCGGGCGGCUCGGGCCAUGGAGCGGAGCCCCGACGCGUCCCCCGGGCCUUCGCGCUCCUUCAAGGAGGAGCUGCUGUGCGCCGUCUGCUACGACCCGUUCCGCGACGCCGUGACUCUGCGCUGCGGCCACAACUUCUGCCGCGCGUGCGUGAGCCGCUGCUGGGAGGUGCAGGUGGCGCCCACCUGCCCGGUGUGCAAGGACCGCGCGUCGCCCGCCGACCUGCGCACCAACCACACCCUCAACAACCUGGUGGAGAAGCUGCUGCGCGAGGAGGCCGAGGGCGCGCGCUGGGCCGGACACCGCUCCCCGCGCGUCUGCCGCCCGCACCGCGGCCCCUUCAGCCUCUUCUGCCUCGAGGACAAGGAGCUGCUGUGCUGCUCGUGCCAGGCCGACCCCCGGCACCAGGGCCACCGCGUGCAGCCCGUGAAGGACACUGCCCACGACUUUCGGGCCAAGUGCAGGAACAUGGAGCAUGCACUGCGGGAGAAAGCCAAGGCCUUCUGGGCCAUGCGGCGCUCCUACGAGGCCAUCGCCAAGCACAAUCAGGUGGAGGCGGCCUGGCUGGAGAGCCGCAUCCGGCAGGAGUUCGACAAGCUGCGCGAGUUCCUGCGCGUGGAGGAGCAGGCCAUCCUGGACGCCAUGGCCGAGGAGACCAGGCAGAAGCAGCUUCUGGCCGAGGAGAAGAUGAAGCAGCUCACGGAGGAGACGGAGGUGCUGGCCCAUGAGAUCGAGCGUCUGCAGAUGGAGAUGAAGGAAGACGACAUUUCUUUUCUCAUGAAACACAAGAGCCGAAAGCGCCGCCUCUUCUGCACCGUGGAGCCCGAGCCCGUGCAGCCCGGCAUGCUCAUCGACAUCUGCAAGUACCUGGACUCCCUGCAGUACCGCGUCUGGAAGAAGAUGGUCGGGUCUGUCGAAUCUGUGCCCUUCAGCUUAGACCCCAACACGGCGGCCGGCUGGCUCUCCGUGUCCGACGACCUCACCAGCGUCACCAACCACGGCUACCGCGUGCAGGUGGAGAACCCGGAGCGCUUCUCCUCGGCGCCCUGCCUGCUGGGCUCCCGCGUCUUCUCGCAGGGCUCCCACGCCUGGGAGGUGGCGCUCGGCGGGCUGCAGAGCUGGCGGGUGGGCGUGGUGCGCGUGCGGCAGGACGCGGGCGCCGAGGGCCACUCGCACAGCUGCUACCACGACACGCGCGCGGGCUUCUGGUACGUGUGCCGCACGCAGGGCGUGGAGGGGGACCACUGCGUGACCUCGGACCCGGCCACGUCGCCGCUGGUCCUGGCCAUCCCGCGCCGCCUGCGCGUGGAGCUGGAGUGCGAGGAGGGCGAGCUGUCCUUCUACGACGCCGAGCGCCACUGCCACCUGUACACCUUCCACGCGCGCUUCGGGGCGGUGCGGCCCUACUUCUACCUGGGCGGCGCGCGCGGGGACGGGCCCCUGGAGCCGCUGCGCAUCUGCCCGCUGCGCAUCAGCGUCAAGGAGGAGCUGGACGGCUGAGCUGGCCCAGCCCUCCCGGUGCUGCCCGGGUCUCGUGCCACGGCCCCAUUCCUCUUCCCGCGCCCUCCCCAGUGCCCGCGCUCCCCUGGGCACCGCUCUGCCCACGCCUCCUGGCCGGAGUCUUCCUCCCGUCCUGUCUGGACCUUUUCUGGCUCUCGAGGCCCUGUGCCUCUCUCUUCAUGUUCCAUCCCUUCUCUGCCCACCAUAGGAGCCAUCCAGGGGGUACCUCGCUGGGCCAGCCUCUCCCCAGAGCCCUGGCACCUUCAGGCUAUAAAUUUUCUGAAUCCUCCUUCCAGGAUUUCCAGGGACGAUGUUUGCUUCUAGAAUGGGCCUGUUUUAAAAUGCAGGUUUAAAAUGCAGGUAUGGAGCGAUCAGCCAAUCGGGACAAGACUGCCACUGGGAAGAUUGUUUGUCACUCAUAGUUCCCGGGAGGAGGGGGCAGGCCAGGCCACAGGGCACAUAGGAGAUACUGGGUUGGUCAGGGGGUGGGGGCUGGGGACACAGUGGUGAGAGACUGUAUCGUGCUUUUCUCAGGAAGGAAUGGGCAGGGCGGGGCAGACAGUCUUAGGGCUGGCUGGCUGGAGUGAUUUCAGCAGCUCUGGGCACAGUGGCUGCCGCUACCUGGCGCUGGGCUGCUCAAGGGGACACUGGCCUGGAGAGAGAGAGCCCGGGGAGAGCCAGAUGCUGGAGGCGGCGGGGUGUGGCCCAGGGUGGCUUGGUUUGCCCCAGCCAGGUGUUUGCCAGCCUGGGAGGGACAGUCUCUCCAGGCCAGUGACGCCCAGAUGUCAGAGCAUCAGGGAUACAGUAUAUAAGAAAAUACAGUUCACGCAGGGCUGCUGCCGUGGCUCUGGGACAGGACCCAGGGCUUGGCUUGUCUUUUACUUUAUGUCAGUAUCUUAAAACUCUCUACAGGUCCUCCCUCCCCAUCGGAUCGGGUCUGAUUUCUAUCUGUACUCUCGGAUGAUUUCCUCUGCACAGCAGGUUCCGGAGCACUUAAAUGCAAAAUCUUCACGAGAGUGGUGUCAGUCUGUCCCCCUAGCCUUCACUGUGCUCACCUGUGGACGAGACAGGGCUGGACCUUUUCCAGUUAGGAAGAAGGGAAAGGGGCGCCGCCUGGGCCCCUUGGUUGUGGCCCUAGACGCUGUGUGAGAGGGGAGGGACGCAGCUGCCGCCUGCUCAUCUCCGCUGACUUCAACCUGCUCGUUCUCGCUCUGUGACUUGCUGCAUUUUCAUCCCAAAUUUCUUCUCCCUCCACCGUGCCUGCAGGCCUGUAUCUGUGCUUGUUCUCUCUCUCUCACAUGCCUCCAGAGAGAGAGUUUUUAAUUUUCAACUCACUGUGUCCCAGGAAGCGGUGUCAGAAGAGCAGUGUUAGAAUUGGGGGCACAUUCCUGGCAGAGGACCGGGUGUCCUGCCUCCUGCCUGUACCCCCAGUUCAUAGCACCGUUUCAAACAACUUAAGACUCACACCCAUCAGUUGGUGAUGAAUGUGUCCAUACAUUGGUUACAUAAAAAGCAGGGCGAGGGAGGAAAUGCCACCGGGUGAAGCGGGCGGGUUGGGAGAGGUGAGGCUGUUGGCAAACAAAUGCAUGUGCCUGGCUGAAGACGCUGUGGCACUUUAAGAGCCAAACACGACUGAGAGCGCACGCCCUCUACUACAAACCACCCGGCCCGUCUCAUAGAAUUUCUAUAUAAUAGACUUGACCUGAAAUUAUUUUGUCAGUUAUACAAUACACUUUUUUAAACUUAGUUCUUAGUGUACAUACAAUAAACUUUUAAAAAUUU